AUGGCUACUGACCAAAAUGUGCCUGACAAAGUCAUUGUAUGCCUGAGCCAGUUGAUGACCCUCUUCGCGAUCUGCAUCAGCUGUGGUGAGGCAUCCAAGGGCCACGUGGACUACCAGAGAGGGACAUACGUGAAAAUCAAGCAGGUCUGUGAAGAGUGCGGUUACCAGCGUGUAUGGCACAAUCAAGACAUGUUGGGCAGAAACAUGCCAGUGUGCAACCUUCUCCUCAGUGGCGCAAUCCACUUUUCUGGCUGUAUGGUAUCACAGACCAUUAGAAUGCUCCAGCUCUUCGGCCUCCAGUGCAUCAGUGUUAGCACAUACUUCCGUCACCAGCGUCUGUACACUAUACCAACCAUUAUCAACGCCUGGCAACAUCAGCAGAAGGAGAUCAUUAGUCAGCUGAAGGCGAUGGACGGAGGACUCAUUCUGUCUGGUGACUGCAGAUCUGACUCUCCGGGCCACUGUGCCAAAUACGGAUCUUACACAGUCAUCGAGGAUCGCAUAAACAAGGUGUUAGAUCUUCAACUUGUUCAGAGCUCAGAAGUUCCAAACAGCACGUGGUGCGAGAUGGAGGGCCUGAAGCGCAGUGUUACAUUCCUGAAAUCUCAAGAUCUUCAGCUGGCAGCCAUAAUAACUGACAGAAAUCGCCAGGUUGCUAAGUGGGUGCGGGAGGAGUUGUGCCCAGAAGGAACGAGCCAUUACUUCGAUAUCUGGCACAUCGGUAAAAGUGUGAAAAAAGCAUUGGACGUGGCAUCAAAAGAGAAGGGCUGUGAGGACCUGAAGCUGUGGAGGCCAGCGCUCAUUAAUCACCUGUACUGGACGGCGGCAUCAACAGCUAGUGGGGACCCUAACGUUAUGGAGGCCAAGUGGCGCAGUAUGGUGAAUCAUGUCCAGGACAUCCAUGAGCACGGCAACCAAGAAUUUCCAACCUGCGCACACCCACCUCUUGAGGGAGAAGCAAGAGAGAAGGAGUGGCUUGAACCAGGAUCUGCAGCAGCAAUUAAAUUAGAGGCUGUCACCACAAGAGGGGCACUGGUCAAGGAUAUACGGCAGCUGUCACCGCAGCACCAGACCUACUCCCUGGAGGCUUUCCACUCGCUCAUCCUACGAUUUGCUCCAAAGCAUACCAGCUUUUCCUAUGUGGGGAUGUACUGCAGACUUCUCUUGGCGGCGUUGCACUACAACAACAAUGGUGACCGCCAGAUUGUC